GCGGUCGAAUAGUCAAAUUUGCUUAGGAACCUUCCUAACUGAGUGAAAUGACCCGGAAGUAUUAUCGUAGCCGCCAUGAUAAGAGCUGUUCGAAUUCUCUAACUGUUAAGGAAAGGAGCUUCAAUGCUUCCUUUAGUAUCUCCUUUAGCAUAGGAUACACCGGACCAUCCUUUACGAAAGGAAAGGAGGUAAUGCCGUCCCACAAUUCCUUGCGGUAGCAGCAUAUAAGGCCGACCGGUCACGAGAAGAAACGAACAAAAUGACUGACAAAUCCCGCAGAUCGUCGUGUCAAACAUGCAGUCAACUGUUGGCUCGAUGCAGCAUCAAAAAAGGGCUUCUGCUGCUAAACAAUCAUUAAGAGAACAUCAGCUGGAAAGCUUUGGAGCAGAGGCCGUGGAGUCAACUAUGUCUUCUCUCAGGACUGUUUUAAACAACUCUGUCAUCAUUCAUCCUCCAGGCUUCUACAUCAUCGGAUUUGAGACAUUUCCCUACAUCAGUGUGUACUUCAUCUUUCUAGCAUUUGUCUAUGUGGUUACAGUGCUGUUCAACAGUUUGGUUAUCUAUGUAAUUGCCUUUAAUCACUGCUUACACACUCCGAAAUUUCUGGCCGUUGUCAACCUUGCAAUAAUUGAUUUAUUCCUUAACACAUGCACUAUUCCCAGCAUGAUAAAGACAUUCCUUGUUAUGGAUAACUUUGUUCCAUUUAACUUGUGUUUGGUACAAAUGUUUGUCUACUAUACUGUUGUAUCUCUAGAGUCAUAUGCACUUGCUAUACUUGCCUAUGACAGGUUGAUUGCAAUUUGUUUCCCUCUGCGUCACAACUCUAUCAACACACUGCAGAGCAUGUCGUGUAUUGUCGGCCUCACUUGGUGUUUUGCUCUGGGAGUAACGGCAUUUGCAACAGGUAUAAUGACUCGGCUUUCUUUUUGCAAUUCUGUCAAAGUGUUCAGCUAUUUCUGUGAUUAUGCACCUGUGUUCAGACUCGCCUGUAAUGAUUACACAAUGCAGUGGUCUACAGCUUCUUUUCUCACUAUUUUGCUCCUCAUAGGACCUUUUACUUUUAUUGUUCUGUCUUAUAUGAGCAUCUUGGUGACUGUGUACAGGAUGAAAUCUGUAGACAGUCGGGUGAAAGCUUUGACAACUUGUGUUGAGCAUGUCAUCCUUGUUGCUGUAUUUUACAUUCCUCUCAUUACCAUUUUUUUAAUCGGGUUUUAUCUGCGAGGUAUUCACCCAGACCAGCGUGUGCUGAGCAUAUCCCUGGCCUCUUGCAUCCCACCCUGUGUCAAUCCUAUUGUGUAUUCCUUGAAAACCAAAGAAAUAAAAAUCAGAGCGCUGGCACUGAUUAGAAAAAAUACAAUAGGCACAAAAAUCAAUCUAUUGAAGGUUAAUAAGCAAUAAUUUAAGACCAAUAUGUUUUUUAGUGAGUGCUAUCACAAUAUUGUCUGAUAAUAUAAAUGUCUAAACAUAAUAUUUAAUAAUAAUGUUAACAUAAAUGUCCAAUACAAAACUAGUGAGACUACAAAUCACUCCUAACAGAUAUAAUUAGCAAAGAACAGAGUUACAGCAGCUUCUUAAAGUUAAAUUUUGUGUGCAGGAUUUGUGUUCUAUAUGUAAAACAUUUUUAUAACCUUUAAAGACGCAUGUGUGGAAAAUAAUGUUACAUUAUGAUGAGAUUUGACGGCAAUUACUUUUUUUUCAAAACUCUAUUCCUCACAUUUGAUGUUGUUUCAACGGUCCAGUACUCUCAUUUUAACUGUGAUUUGUUACUGUUUUAAUUAGAAUUGCCUGACUGUAAAAAGCUUUAUCUUUCACCCCAUUUGAAAAGUUAAUGCAUUAAAUGUGUUAACUUGUCUGAGUA